AUGGAAUCUUUGGUCUCAUUUGAAAAUGAUUCGAUCUACUUUAAUAAUUAUGUGGCCGAGAAAACGUUUGCAAAUGAGAAAUUCUUGGGGAAAAAAAUCACAAUCAUCAGUGUUUUGGGUCCCUCACGUUCAGGAAAAAGCUUUUUGAUGGCGGUUUUGACGAAUAAAGGAGAUGAUAAAGAAAUUGAAGGAUUCUUCCAAAGUGGUUAUGACAGAUGUACAAAGGGAAUCUUUAUUUCAUCUCAGCCCGAAUACUUGUCGGAUGAUCAUGUAGUCUUUUACUUGGACACCCAGGGCACCUUUGAUUUACAAACUGAACCAAAAAUCUCUGCUUGGAUUGCCGGAUUCAGUCUACUGGUCUCGGAUAUUCAGAUAAUCAAUCUUCGCGGUAACAUUGGAGGAGAUGAUCUACAGGAUCUCCAUUUGUUCACAGAAAUGGUUUCUUCAAUGAACGGAGUGCAAUUCUUAUCUAAACAACUGAUCUUCUUGAUACGUGAUGCGCGAAAUAGUUCAAAAGAUGAGAUUUUCUUAGAUCAGCUUUGGCUACAAGCAUCACAGUCUAAGAAAUUACAAAAAAUUUCUGCCUCCUUGAGAUCGAAGUUUUCUUUAAUUAAAUGCUUUUGUGCUCCGCCAGCCUCAGAUCGAAUUCGUCGAGCAAAUGGGAAAAUUCAAAUUGAGUUAGAAGAUCAACCUUUGCUUCAAAAACUGAAUCUUGUCAAAGAAAGUUUGCUCACUUCAUCCAAAUCAUUGGACAAUCAGCCAAUGAGAAAGACUAUAGAUUAUGCUAAGAAAGUCUGUGAGUUUCUUCAAUCAAAGCAUAACAUUUUUGAUAGGACCUCUGUUCAGUUGAUCAAAGAAGCCACAGCAGUUUAUGCCUCAAAUAAGGCUUUUUCUGUUUUUGAAGGGCUAUUUUUGAAAGCUAAACAGGAAAACUAUCUGCAAAUUUACGAAGAGAGAAGAAGAGAAGCUUUUAAUGCUCUGAAAGAAAUUGUUCAUCCUAAAGAUUUUGCUGAAGCUGAGAAAUUGCUUAGCUCUAAGAUCACGAAACUGUUCACUGUCAAAGAGUUGGAGCUGAAAGAAGAAGCGGCACAAAAAGGCGAUCAACUGAACAUUGAGAAAUUUCUGUCCCGUGAACUCUCAAAAAUUCAAAAGCUUGAGUUCGAAACGUUGUUGAAGUUGAAAAGGGAGAAUCAAAUCGAGCUCAUUGUUGCCGAAUUCGUGAAAACCCUCAAUCGAUUUACUGACAGUGAUUUUUUGUCGAUCAAAACCAGACUAGAGGAUCGCUUGGAGUAUCAAUUUCUGUUCUCACGAGAAGGACAUUUGAAAAAGUACCUUGACGAACUUGUCAAAAAACUACGAGAGAAAAUUCUUGCGAUUGAAACUUGUAAAAGAAACGUUGAAGAAAUUUGUCCGGAAGAGAUCCGCUUGAGUUUUGUGCUGUUUUCUGAUGAACUCAAGAGAACGGGAGUUGAUGAAGAAAAGACAGAUGAGUUGAUACUGUUUGCAAAGGAGGAAUUCAAAAAAUUUUCAUUUUUGGCUUUACGACUUCACCGUGAGAGGAGAGUGGCAACAGAACUUUUGAAUACACUUACAAAACAGCUCGAUAUUUCGGGUAAAAAACAAGCGACCGAACCAUUUUCCGUGGAAACCUUUGACAAACUAGACACGGAGGAUAGGAACAUUGAUGACGUGCAAUUCUGGGCAUUCGGAGAACACGAAGAGACUGUAAAUGACAAAGGCCACAAUCCUUUACCACAAAACGAUACUCGUGAAGAGUUGGAAGCUCAACUUCAAGCUGAAAUCCUUAAAUUGAUUCAUUCGCAAAAUCAAUUGAAUCCUGAAUUGAGAACGAGCGAACGAAGAUCGGAUGUUGAGACAAACUAUGAAUCGCCGAGGUGCUUACGGAAUCUCAAAAUGGAGGCUGAUCUUGACCUCGAGAAGCCAAUUAGUGAAGAGACUUUAAUCGAUAAAUAUAUCAACAACAAGAUCAUUGUUUUUCAUUCAUUUGAACAGGGAUUGACGGAUUUUCAAAACAAAGCUAUGAUUUUACAAGAAUCCAUUGAAGACUUUCUGCAAGAAUUUGAAAUCUAUUGUGAAGUUCAAGGAUUUGCUUCAGAAUUGAUUGCUAUUAAAAGAGAGAGUUUGAGGAAGGAUCUGAGUCUGCUUGCUGGUGAACUUUCUGUUAAUGAAACGAGCUCCGAUCUGGUAGUCGUUGAAAGCCACAAUGUCUCCAGUCCAGAAAGAACCGCUACCAUUAUUCGAUGGAUUAGUCAAUCUGGCAGGAAUUUGUUUAAGAUCAUUCACGAGUUAACUGUAUCGCUCUUUCAA